AUGGAAAAUAGAUUCAAAAAACAUUAUCUACUAUACUACUAUUUAAAAAUAUUCGGAUUGUGCCCAUUUUCUUUAACCGCGGAAGGAAGGCCUCAUUUUUCACUUUUUGGAUUAUUUAUUAAUUGUUCAUUGGCUUUCAUAUUUGUAUCGAUUUACGUUAUUGCUUAUUCCGAAAGAUUUUUAUUAGUUUUGCCAAAAGAAACAAUAGUCGGAGUAGUUGUUGAUGUGAUAUCGACGAUUUUUCGAGUUCUAACGAUUUUUUGGGCAAUUUUGAAAAUUGGAUUCGAACAAAGAUUUUUAUUAGAGAUUUACAGCGACUAUAAAAUGGUUGAGUUUUGUUUGAAAAAAGUUACAAUGAACAAAAGCGCUGAAUAUCACCUCCGAUUCGCAUUCGCCAGAUUAGUUAAACCAGGAAAAUUAUGCUUGUACAUACUUUUUCAUAUUUUUACCGGUUUGAGACUAUGCGUUUUACUUGUAUUUUUCGAGGAGUUACACUUUAUUAAAAAUUCUUUUUUGCAAAUUAAUCGAUGGUUGUUGAAUAUUUCUGAAGAUAAUGAAAAUAUUGUUGAAAUUAUUAGGCUGCAUGUAGAUAUUUGUGGACUUACAGAAAAGUCGGCAAGAUUUUUCAGUUUCAUAAUACUGUGCGAUUUGCUCGAUGAAUUCAUACAAGUUUCUGUUUCAAUUUACCGAAUUAAUCUUUAUUUCAAAUUUGAAGAGACUUGGCGAAUCAUCGACUUCGUUGAUUUUGGUUCCAUUCUCUUUUGGCUAUCCGUAAAAAUGGUCAUUUUGUUCUUAAUAUGUGCUCUACCGGAUGCAGUUUCUUGCGAAGCUGAGAAAACAUAUCACAUUGCUCAUCGCAAAUACUGCAAUCAAUCUGGUAGCCAAAUCAAAAAUAAGAAGUGUACUGAAGUGUUUGAGAAUUGGUACCAGAAAAAAUUAUCUAUUUCAUUGUACGGUCUCUUUUCCUUGGAUUUUAAGUGUUUCAAAAACAUAAUGGCUACGAUAAUUAUUUAUUUAGUUUGGAUGUUUCAAAUAGAGCAAAUGAAUUAA